CGACGCCCGCCUGCCCGUCGCCGGCAGCUGCAGCCCAGUCGCCGCCUGAGCGCCAGCCCGAGAGCCGAGGCAGCCGCCGGGACCGUCGCCCUCCAGCCGCCCCUGCGGGACUCCGCGGCUGGUGGCGGGCGCUGCGGCGAGAUGCCCGGGCGGCUGCGGCCGGGAGGGCGCUGGGGGGCGCUGGCGGGGGCGCUGGCCCUGCUGCUCUUGCUGCUGCUGCCGGCCGCCUGCCCGGUGGUGGGCGCCCUCAACGACACCGAGCCCAUCGUGCUGGAGGGCAAGUGCCUGGUGGUGUGCGACUCCAGCCCGUCCGCCGACGGCGCCAUCACCUCCUCCCUCGGCAUCUCCGUCCGCUCCGGCAGCGCCAAGGUGGCCUUCUCGGCCACGCGCAGCACCAACCACGAGCCCUCCGAGAUGAGCAACCGCACCAUGACCAUCUACUUCGACCAGGUAUUAGUUAAUAUUGGCAACCAUUUUGACCUGGCUUCCAGUAUAUUUGUAGCACCGAGAAAAGGGAUUUAUAGUUUCAGCUUCCAUGUUGUGAAAGUAUAUAACAGACAAACUAUCCAGGUAAGUUUAAUGCAAAAUGGCUAUCCAGUGAUUUCAGCAUUUGCUGGGGAUCAAGAUGUCACCAGAGAAGCAGCCAGCAAUGGGGUCUUGCUUCUUAUGGAAAGGGAAGACAAAGUGCAUCUCAAACUGGAGCGGGGAAACCUUAUGGGAGGGUGGAAAUAUUCAACCUUUUCUGGCUUCUUAGUCUUUCCACUAUAAAAGGAGGGCAUAGAGAAACCUGAUCUGCAAGCUGGAACAAGGAUCCAACCAUUAAACAAACAAACACACAAACAAACAUUCCCUCCCCUCCCAGAACUUGGCCAGACCUGCCAAUAAUUCCAGCCACCCAGUCAGACUGCCAUAAUAGAAGAACGAGAACCCUUCUCAGUGCCACUCUUUGCUUUGACUCUUGACAGAUCCUUGGCAAACUUGCGGCUCUAAUUAGUUUUAGAUGACAGUGAUCUUUAAGAGAAAUGAAAUUAUCAACCUGAGCAAUUUGUACCUGUGAUUGUAAAGUCAAUUUUGGAUUUUAUUGUUGGGAUCAUUGACUUUCCUCCCUCAUUCUUUUUUUGUUGUCCUAAAAGGGACAAAUGAACUGGGACCACAUGACUGCUUCUCCAGGGCUUAACCUCCAAAGCCAAGAAGAAUCUAACAUCUGACAAAGUGUUCUUGCAAAGCUUUUUUCUUUUUGUGUUUGUAUAGCCUUAACAAAAAAAGACAAAAAUAAGAAUGGCUUCAACUUCAGUCCUGUAUCUUUUGGGGGAGGGAAAUUUUUGGGACAUUAACUGUGUGAAGAAGUGCUUUAUCCAGUGAAGCAAAUUUUGCACGAUUGGAAACUAUUUUGUUCUGUGUUACUUGUGUUUUUCAUCAUUUUUUCGUUUUUUUAAUUUUUCUGACUCUCUUUGUGUUAAAGAAGCAAGCUAGAGCAAUCGAUAAAACAAGCACAUAUGUACCGCAUAGCUCGCAGUGAAACUAACCAAUAAAACAGUUCUGCCUCCGCUAUCUAGCUGAUCUAAUGGAAGAAUUUGUCAUGAUGUGAGGAAGAGAGUGCACAACCUGAUCCUCCAGUCACAAUUUGGAACCUUCAAAGGGACUGACAUUUCUGAAUUGGCCUGACAUUUCCAGAAGCUGUUUCAGAAGGCUAUGAAUCUCUUAUUUGAACAUAUCUUAAAAACAACAGCAUUUCUUUGCAUUUUGGGAAGUCCUUUGGUGCUUUAUUUGAUGGAUUUUAUUACUAAUGCCUUGAAUAUUUCGUCUCUUUGAGUGCUCUGAUGAGUUGUCUCCUCUCUGGUUUAUAUUAACAACAACAACAGUUUGACAUCGUAACUGCCAAGAUCAGAUGUGUAUCAGCAGCUGCUGUCAGUAUGUGUACAAGAACCAGGGACAUUGAAACCCCAAGGUUGCAAAAGCUUAGUCAGGUUUAUGUGGUAGCUAUGAGUACACCAGAAAUUGUAUUUAAUUUUUAAAAAAUUAUUUUUCUGUUGCUUCUUUUCCAGUUAGCAUCCAAAGACUUUCAAGUACAGUCUUUAUCUAAAACUGUAUACCAGAAAGGUCACUGAUUCCAAAUGAUAAAAGAAGAAACCUCAGGUUGAAUUCAAAUUCACCUUCUAUGUGUCAAUGUAACCAAAAUGCUAAUGGACUUUAGAUUCAGAAUAAAUGGGUUUCAUGUCCAA